AUGCAAGCCAUUCGCUCUCUUCGCCCGCUGCCUUUCACUCCUUUCGAUGCCGAUGUCCAGCUUGGCUGGUCUCCUUCCGCCGAUCGACCGAGUUUUGACUGGUGGCCUGGAGUCACUCGUCGCAUCAAGUGCCACAACCGCGUGGAAUACGACGCAAUGCGCGCGUUCAUCGACUCUCGCACUCUUUCCCAGCGAGCACAGUCACACGACAUUUCCACUACCUCAGGACUCGGUUUUCGGCGUGUUUAUGUCAACACCUAUCUCAGUCAAUAUGAGAAUGUCUUUGCCAAACUGGACGGUAGUUGGCGAGGGCUCCUGUGCGAAGGAGACUUCAUAUCCCUAUGGAUGGGCCGCCGCCGCUCUCGCCCUCAGCGCACAUGGAUCAACUUAGUGGGGCAGAUAGUUCGAUUCAAGGUGUUCUGGGAUGGUCAUGUCACAGUUGAAGUCUGUGGAUCACGUGUCGGCUGGGAACUCACCGUAUUCCUUACCUUCCGCAUUCGCGACAUCUCACCGCCAUCUGCCAUUGCUUCUCCGGCAUGGAAGUGGACUGCCACCCCGCGCACAAAAUAUAUCAGACGUCCUGCCCCGCUUCCUCUGCCCCCGCGCCAACGAGCCUUACAGCCCACGACGGCUUCCGACCACGCUGAGCACGCCGCGCUCGCUCCCUCAGGCGCUGUCUUCGACAUGGAAGUAUUCGGUGUUGCACCUGCGUUCAGGCUACACUAA